GGUAUGGGGCCUAAUGAACCUGUGCGCCCUAUUAUGGGGCCUAAGGGGCCUAAGCCUGGUAUAACGGAUACCCGAAACAGCAAAAAAGGGUACGAACAUUUCGACCUGUCGAUAAUCGACGACAUUGCCAGGAAAUCUAAGUAUACGGAAAAUUUUGGCGUAACCGACAAACGCGACGUAGAUGAUGGGGACGUGAGGAACAAGAUCAUCUAUAAUUUAUGUUAUUGCCUCUCAUACAUCUGGCGACGUGGACGUAUAAGUAUUCGCAAAUACUAUCACUUGCGAGAUAUAUAUUCGAAGCAUUUGGCGUUUGAGGUCGGCUACAUCACUCAUGUCAUAAUGGUAAAAUAUCAAAACAUGUUGGAACUUUAUGAGUACUGCAACUCAAAAUGUACGAAAAAUGGAAAGGACCACAUAACACGGAUGCACCUGACUCACUUCCAGCACUCGAUAGAGCAGGACAGCCGAGACAUCGAACAUCUGUGCAAUAUGCUUAAUGAGAUCACAAAGAAAUACUCGGUUAUGCCCUACGACCCGAGGAAUAAGUUUGACAUACCUAAGGAAGACAAAGCCGAGGAUAACAAAGAAAAGGGCGGAAGGACCGGAAAACCCGAGAAGACCCUUAAACCAAAAGGUUAUUAUUGA